CCGAAAAUUGUCCACUUAAAAAGAAGAAAAGUGAUGCAUUCAAAUAUUUUCGAUGGAAUUUGAAGACUGCCACAUACGAACCUGUGGUUUUCUUAUAUCAAGUGUGUUACAUGAUAACAAUAGCAACUUCUCAAAACGUGAUGUUAGAGAAAGCAUGCAGAGUAAACUUGAACCUUGGUGACGAUAUCUGCACCUCUCUCAGGCUUCAAAACCAAAGUGAUAACCUCAAGCAUCACGAAGAAAUUCUGCAGAAAUACGUAGCACCCAGUGUCACCCUGCGAACGUACACGAUACUUAGUGUACCAUCCAUCCUUCUACUUUUGAUCGGUUUUUUUAGUGAUAACACUGGAUAUAGAAAGAUUAUACCAAUGAUCCAAAUAGUGACACAGAUGCUCAUAUGCGUGAAUAAUUUGGUGCAAGUUUAUUUUAUGAAGGAAACUGGCCUGUAUCUCUUCGUGGUGGCUGAAGCUUUGUUGGAAGGCUUGGGAGGAGGAUACGCAAGUGUGCUGAUGACAGCAUUUUCUUACAUGGCAAAAGUAACGAGCGUGGAAGAGAGAACGUUUAGGAUCGGUCUGUUAUACUUUUCUCACUCAGUAGCUAUUCCAGUGGGUCUGGCGAUUGGUGGCCCCUUACUGAAACAUUAUGGUUAUUACUGGUGCUACAGUUUGUCUGGAUGUUUAAGUCUCAUAAAUUUUAUGUACAACUUGUAUUGGAUCAAAGAAGCGAAAAGAAGUAUUGAACAAAAACAGCACGACAGCCGAGGAUUCCUCUACUUCGUCCGCCUUUUCUUUGACUUCUCAAACAUCAGGAAGACGGUGCGCGUCGUGUUUAAGAAGGGACCGAAUAAUCGGCGCAUACGCAUCUGCGUCAUGCUGGCCAUAGUCAGCGUCCUGUUUGGACCUGUGUAUGGGGAAUUAUCCGUAAUAUACAUGUCAACGAGGUACCGGUUCGGUUGGGAUGAAUUGCAGUUCAGCAUAUAUCAGACAUACAAUUUUAUCACUCAUACCCUUGGUACGGUAUUCUCCCUUGUUGUAUUCAGCAAGAUAUUGAAAUGGCACGAUUCCUUGCUGGGCAUCAUUUCCACGAUCAGCAAGAUCGUUGGCUCCUUCGUAUACUGCUUUGCGACCACGGCAACAAUAUUCUACAUCGCUUCUUUGGUGGAAAUAUUAAAUGGAACGUCUCUUCUAGCGAUGAGAUCCAUCAUGUCAAAAAUAGUGGCUCCAGAUGAAUUAGGUAAAGUGAACUCCAUAUUUGGGCUGACUGAGAACCUAAUGCCUUUGAUCUACGUUCCGCUAUACAUAAACUUGUAUACCCACACCAUGGAAGUGCUGCCAGGCGCUGUGUUCCUCAUGGGAGCUAGCCUGUCUGUACCAGCUGUCGCUGUAUUCUUCUGGCUAUUUUACGAACACAGAACAGAAGUACGUCGGAUAAAAAAAGAAGAAAUUGGGGUUACAGAGCCACUGGAUGGUGCCGUAAAAAUACCUUCAAAUAAAGAUAAUCAAGAAGCAUUUGACAAGUUAAGUGUUAUAUAG